AUGAAGACGACGUGUAAAUGUCACGGAGUAUCUGGCAGCUGUACGACAAAGACGUGUUGGCGCCAACUGGCAGAUUUCCGGCGAAUCGGCAACUAUCUAAAACGGCGUUACACGAAGGCAAUCCACGUCAAUUUCCAGGAAGGCAAACUGGGUGAAUGGAACGUCGCCAGCGGCCAGGGUUUGUCCCAAGUCUCAAACACUGACCUAGUUUAUCUGGAAAAGUCACCCGACUACUGCAAACAGAACUUGACCCUCUCCAUCAAAGGGACGCUGAACCGGGAAUGCAAACGACCAAAGAAGUCGGAAAAGGUAUCCAGAAGGGAGAGGAAGAGUUGCCGGCGGCUCUGCACGAGCUGUGGCUACCAGAUCCAUCGGUGGACGGAGGAAAUUGUCAUCAGUUGCCAGUGCAAGUUCUUUUGGUGUUGCGCGGUCAAAUGUCGCAAGUGUUUAGUCAAAACAGAGAAGUACUCCUGCAAGAGAUGA